AUGUCGCUCAUUAAAAGAGCUACGGCUGCGGGAUGGGCAUGUUCUAAUUGUACGGACAUGCUGUUGGGAAAACGGGCGGUGGAAUUGAGGCCGAGGUUCUUUUCGUCCACUUUGACAGCGAGAGCGGCGCCUGUUGGUCAGAACGCCAGUGCUGGUGGUGCGCCGAGGAAGAUUCCGAAUAUGAGAGACCAGUACAGAGCAAAAAACUCGAGUGGAUUAUAUUAUACUGCGAGUCUCGGGAUUGCCACUUUGACACUCGCCUAUGCCUCUGUCCCUCUCUACCGUGCCAUCUGCCAACGUACCGGCUUUGGCGGUACUCCCAUAACGGACCAGACCCGAUUCACCCCCGAAAAGUUGAUCCCACAACGACAGGCUAAACGUCUUCGUAUUACCUUCAAUGCCUCGGUCUCCGAUGUGCUUGAGUGGAAAUUCACCCCUCAGCAGCGCGAGGUCCGGGUGCUUCCUGGCGAGACGGCUCUGGCAUUCUAUAAGGCCAAGAACCUGAGUAAGGAGGAUAUAAUUGGUGUCGCUACAUAUAGCGUAACCCCGGGACAAGUGGCGCCGUAUUUUUCAAAGAUACAGUGUUUUUGUUUUGAAGAGCAAAAAUUGAAUGCAGGAGAAGAGGUGGAUAUGCCGGUUUUCUUUUUCAUAGAUCCUGAUUUCCUUGAAGACCCUCAAAUGAAGGGAAUUGAGACAGUCACGCUUUCAUAUACCUUCUUCAAAGCGAAAUAUGACGAUAACGGCGUCUUGCGGCCGACCCCUUGA